AUGUUUCUCAACAACCCAAACAACCUAUGGGACCCGACCAAUCCGUUUUGGCAAAAUUUGCAAAACAACGAGCAAGAGGACCGCUAUCGCCGAGACCCCCAUACGGGUGAGGUUGCAUAUUAUCCAAUGCCACCAACUUCUCCUCAUCCCACCACUCAACCGAUGCCUCCAUAUUUCGGGUAUUAUUCUCAACCCCCUUUUUUUCCGCCAAACAUGCCAUCACCAAACAUACCCGCCCAAAACACAAGCGAAACCGAUUUCGUUCCCGAAACCCAAGUCAAAACCUCUUCUAUAAAAAAAAGCCAUAAAAAGAAGGAUGAGACCGAAAAACGUACCUCUAAAAAGGUAGAAUUUUGGUCUCCUAAGGAAGAGUUCAAGUUGGCAAAAGCUUGGCUCGACGUGUCGGAGGACGAGAUUGUUGGAGACGACCAAGACAUAAAGGUAUUUUGGGGUCGUAUACGCGAGAAGUUUUUCGUCGCAAUGGGUCGUGGCGUGUAUCGAACCGCCGACUCUUUUUCAGGAAAGUGGGGUGCUAUGAGGCUGAAGGUUAGCAACUUCAACAACAUAUACAAUAACCUCGUCAAUAACACUCGAAGGAGAAGUGGUGCGAGUGACGUCGAUGUCUUGACAGAAGCCCACAACGACUAUAGAAUGCACCAUGGGCAUAUGUUUACGUUGGUAACCACAUGGGAGCUUCUUCGCAAAUCUCCAAAGUGGCAUCUUGUGCCACCGUUCGACCCAACCCGCCCUAGAUCCAAACGGUCCAAAUCGACAUCCACCACCGAACCAUCUGGGUCCGAUGCUCGUACAGUAAUUAAUCUAAACGAGGAUGCUGACGAGUUUGAAGAACCACAAGAACCACAAGAGUUGCCUCGUCCAACUGGUAGGGAUAAAAGUAAAGCCAAGGCACGUGGAAAGUCUACUAAAUCAGAUGGCCCGUCAAAGAUUAGCGAGUUCCAGGUAGAUCUCAAGCAAAUAAUCUCCAUUAGGGAAAAAGACCAAGAAAUGAGAAUGGAGAAACAAAUUGCGAGAGACAUGGACUUUCUCGCAAAGGAUCUGUCACAUCUACCAGAGGUGGACCGAGUCAUUUUGGAGGCUCAAUCAGUUGCUGAUGAACAAGCUUCUAAGGGUCAUGGUGAUAAAAGUGUCGAAAUAAUUUCUCAUGGUACAAUGUUUAGUCCUUAUAAGUCUAAUCUUCAACGCGAACUUAGUGAAGAGGAUCGGAUGUAUGAGUCUCAAAGGAAGAGAUCCAAGAGACUCUCUGAAUGGAAAUGGAGUCAGAUUAUCAAUUUAGAUGAUUCUGAAGAAGAUGACAAAGAAGAAGAACUAGAAGACACAGCCGAUUCAAGCACAAAGAAGAAAAGCGAAUUAAAAAUUCCUCAAGUGUCGAUUCAGAAGAGGAAUAGAUUUCAUUCAACAUAA